CCUCACCUAGUCUUCACUCCGCAGCAAUCAGUAAUCAUCAGUCUCCUCCACCACCCACCACAUUCUUACAACACCACACCACACACCAUUCAAACCUUCACCCACCCAUCCCUCACCACCGCACCACCUUACUACCUCCCACCACCAACCACCUCAACGCGUUCCUCACCUACACCACAUCCCCAACAGAAAAACAAAGCUUUAAUCAAGCAACCACCAUGUCCUCCAACGUCGGCCUCUCCACUCCCCGAGGCAGCGGCACCUCCGGCUACGUCCAACGCAACUUCGCCUUCAUGAAACCCCGCAAUGCAGGCUACGGCGCCCCAUACCCCCCCGUCUCCGGCGCAAACAACUUCUCCCCUGCCGAUCGGCCAUUCAAGCAACGGCAACCCGAUAAACAGAUCCUGGAACAUGAUCGGCGGCGCGCGAUCGAGGUGAAGGUUAUGGAGGAGAGGGAGAGGUUGGAGGAGUUGAAUGAGGAGAUUGAAUUGAGGGAGAAGGAGGGGAAGAAAACCCAGAAAGAAAAGGAGGUAAAGGAGGAGGAGGAGGAUGAGAAGGAGGACGGGGAAAAGGAUAAGGAUGUUGAGAGGGUGUUGACGGAGGAGGAGAUCGAUGAGCGGUGUGAGGUUUUGAGGGCUAAGUUGGUGAAGGAGAUGGAGGAGGAGGAGAAAGAGAAAGAGAGGGGGGCGAAGAAUGGGGACGCGGGGAGACGUCGGCCUUGGGGGAGGGAUUUGCCCCCUAAGGAAAGACGCCAGUUUAAGAGUUAUCAGGUGCAUGAGUUGGCGGAGGCCAAGAUUGAGGAGAGUGAGCGGUUGAGGAGGGCUUUGGGGAUUAGGGAGGAUAGGGAGACAGGGGAGCUUGGGAGGAGGUAGGUAAUUAGGGUUGGUGUUGGUAUUUGUUUCGGGGGUUGUGUAAGGUUUUGUGUAAGGUUGGUGGUGGUGGUGGUGGGUGGGUUUAUUUUUAUAUUUAUCUAUUAUUGGGGUUGUGGUUUGUUUCGGGUGUUGGGAGUUAUUACUGGGGUUGCUUUUGACUCAUUGUUAUUGCAUGGGUGUGGUUGGAGAUCGAUAGUGCAUACAAUAUGGCUAUAGCUAGGAAGAAUCAUGCGGAAUGCUUCUGGUAAACGGAAUCAGAAUUUGUGGCACAUC